AUGCACACGGACCCUGAUACGGACAUGGACAUGGACACAGAAACCACAGCACUCUGCCCCUCUGGCAGCUGCCGGGCCUCCCCACCAGGAACACCCACACCAGAGGCAGAUGGCACACUGCUGAAGAAACCAGAGAAACUGUUGGCAGGGUUGGACCGGGGCGGGCCACCCUCUGCCCCUGGGGCCCCCAGACGAAGAGGCAGUAUGCCCGUCCCCUACAAGCACCAGCUGCGAAGAGCCCAGGCUGUAGAUGAACUUGACUGGCCGCCUCAGGCCUCAUCCUCUGGCUCCUCUGACUCUUUGGGCUCAGGGGAGGCAGCCCCUGCCCAAAAGGACGGCAUCUUCAAGGUCAUGCUGGUGGGGGAGAGCGGCGUGGGCAAGAGCACCCUAGCAGGCACUUUUGGCGGUCUCCAGGGAGACAGUGCUCAUGAGCUGGAGAACCCAGUGGACACCUAUGAGAGACGCAUCAUGGUGGAUAAAGAGGAAGUAACUGUAGUUGUUUAUGACAUCUGGGAACAGGAGGAUACAGGGGGGUGGCUGCGGGACCACUGCCUUCAGACUGGGGACGCCUUUCUCAUCGUCUUCUCAGUCACCGACAGAAGAAGCUUCUCCAAAGUUCCAGAGACCCUACUUCGGCUCCGGGCUGGGAGGCCCCACCACGACCUACCUGUCAUCCUCGUUGGAAACAAGAGCGACCUGGCCCGCUCUCGGGAGGUAUCACUGGAGGAGGGCCGCCACCUGGCCGGGACGCUGAGCUGCAAACACAUCGAGACAUCGGCCGCCCUGCACCACAACACGCGGGAGCUCUUCGAGGGCGCAGUGCGUCAGAUCCGGCUGCGGCGGGGCCAGAGCCGCGCUGGGGGCCAGCGGCACGAGCAGGGCAGCCCCGAGGGCCCCGCGCCGCCCGCGCGCCGCGAGAGCCUCACGAAGAAGGCCAAGCGCUUCCUCGCCAACCUGGUGCCGCGCAACGCCAAGUUCUUCAAGCAGCGCUCCAGGUCGUGUCACGACCUCUCAGUGCUCUGAGCCGCGGU